AUGGUAGGAAAGACACUCAUUAACUCUGCACACAAUGGAGGCGGAAACGCCAUUGCUUUCUCUCGCGACGGCUCCUACAUCUACACGGGCGGGGCAGACUCCCUUGCCAGAAUAUGGAAGACAAAUGUCGGCACAGACCAGGAUCCUGAUGCUGCCAUGGAGGCGGGAGAGCCCGUGACCGCAGUCGUAGCUAGCGACGACUGCUGGUUCACAGGAAGCGAAGAUUCAGAAGUCCGCCAGUAUGCAAAAGGGAAGGAUAAUCUCCUAGGGAACGUGACGAGCGCAGUGGGUGUUGCCAUACGCUCGCUCGCCGUCGACCCAAAGGGUGAGCGGGUAGCGGUCGCAUCUGACGAAACGUCCAUCAAAAUUGUGAACAUCAAGGAUAUCACCAAGCUCACAGUCUUGAAAGGCCAUACUAAGGCCGUGCGAAGAGUAACAUGGCAUCCUUCUGGCUCCCUCUUGACCUCAUGUGGAGCGGACGGCAACAUUAUCGUUUGGGACGUCUCGGAAGACGAACCAAAGCAGGUGACGACGAUAGAUGGCAUCAUCCCAGCCGUCUCAGACACAGAAUCGCCCGAAUGGCGUCACGACUGUUCAGCUAUAUGGCAUACCUCAGGUCAAUACUUCUAUGUCGCGACACGCACACAUGAGCUGGUCACCAUCUCGCGUGCAGACUGGACGAAGACCUCAACCCUCGCAGAUGACGCAUGCUCGGGUGCGAUUACAGCGCUCGCACUAUCUGCCAACGGAGUCUACAUCGCGUCUGCGAGCAAGAGCGGCGUCUUCGUCUGGGCGACCCACAAUCGCAGGCUCAUGUACCGAUUCCAAGACAGCAUCACGGCUCCGCUGACCCAGAUCGCCUGGUCACCCACAGCAAACCUCCUCGCAUGGACAGACACAGGUGGUGUGCUGACUCGUUGGCAGAACCCCGUGCCCGGAGAUGGUGUCGAUCCGGUGAAGCUUUCCGCGUCGCUCGCAGCGUCAAAGCCCCUGCCACAGGCCGCGAAACGCAAGGGCACGCCCGACCUCUUUGACUUUGACCUCGAUGUUCCGGAGGCACAAGAAAUCGCUGACGACCCCGACGCAGACAUGGACGGAGACAAGCCACGGACAGGUCGCGCAGACAUGCCUGACGACGACUGGAUCCUGGACGACAUCGGCGUGGGCAUGGACGACGAGGACGAAACCACCAAGGACGCGCGCUGGGGCGGCGGCUCUGUGCGCGAGAUGGUGAGCGUGACAAAGGCGCAGCCAGCGUUCCAGCCCGGCGCGACACCCUUUGCGAACAAGAAGCGUUACCUGGCGUACAACAUGGUCGGCGUCGUCGAGGUCACGGACCAGGACACACAUCACAUCGUGAACGUCGAGUUCCACGACCGCAGCACACGCAAGGGAUAUCACUUCACGGACCACUUCAAGUACGACCUCGCCGCGCUCGGCGAGCGGGGUGCCGUCUUUGCGUGUCCGCCCGAGGGCUCGCAGCCCGCGCAUCUCUCGUAUAGGCCGUAUGGUACUUGGGCUGCACAAGCGGACUGGACGUACGAGCUGCCGACUGAUGUGUGUGCUAUUGGUGUGGCAGCAGGUGGUGUGCCUCCGCGAAGGUCCCUCCGCGGUACAAGUGAUGCGGAUUUGGAAGGCCAUGGAAACGUCGUUGUCGCAACUAGCGAAGGAGAGCUCGUGUUCCUGAGUGGCGGCGGCAUGGAGAGACACGUUAUGAGCUUGCAGGGCGAGUUCGUCUGCAUGGUCGCUGGCGCAGAGUGGGUGUUUGUCGUGCAGCGCGAAGGGUCGACGACCAUGGACGGUUCGCAAAACUUGACCGGCCGGCUGAUCACCUUCGACGACUUCACCCUUCUUCAGAAAGACACGCUCCCUCUGCCAAAACACCACACGCUAACGUGGAUCGGAAUCACGGAGGAGGGCGCGCCGGCGAUGUACGACUCGUCGGGUAUCCUGAACGUGCUCCCGCGCUUCAGGUUACCGUUCCAGGCGACAUGGACACGCAUGCUGAAUACGAACACACUCGAUCGUAAGGAGGGCAAGCAGGAGUCGUACUGGCCUGUCGGCGUCUCAGGCGAGACAUUCAUGUGUCUCAUUCUCAAGGGACGGCAGGAGUACCCUGGCUUCCCGCGGCCACUCAUCCAGGAACUGCCUACUCGAUUGCCGUUCAAGCGGACGGACCCGAAGGAGGGUCCUCUCGAGGAGCACUUCGCCCGCGAGACAAUGCUGCUCAACAUCCUGCGCGACGAGCUCGAUGACGACGAGCUAACGACGGACACGAUCUCUGCGCGCGAGCUCGCGCUCGACAAGGAGUUGAUCCAGCUCAUCCAGAGUGCAUGCAAGGCCGACCGGCUCGCCCGCGCGCUCGACCUCGCGCGUCUGUUGCACCACCCUGCGUCGCUCGACAUGGCCGCCAAGGUCGCGGGCUUCUACCAUCUGGUCGGCCUGCAGGAGAAGCUCGGCCUCCUGCGCGACGCGCGCGAGGAGGCCGACCGCCUCGAGACCCAGCGCGACCACCGACGCGCGCGCGCAGCCGACUUCACCAUCGUCCCCAAGCCGCGGGCCGUCGCCCCCGAGCGCGAGGAGCGGCGCACGAAGGCGUUCCAGGACUUCCGCCCCCCGCCGACGAUACACAGACCCGGCUUGGAGCGCGCGAUGGCAACGCCUGCGCCCGACGCGGGGUCCUCGCGUAUGCGCGCUACCGGCCUUGCGAGAGAGGAUACGGAGGUGUUCCAGUCGAACGCUGCUACAGCGGACGACGACGGGUACGAUGCCGCCGCGACCCCAGAUGGGAAGCGCAAGCGCUCCGAGGAGCCUGCGGGCGCCGCCAAGCGACGCGCAACGGAGGAUGCUGUGCCGAUGCGCGUCCCUGCGACGCAGGGGAAGGCGAACCCGUUCGCGCGCAAGGCACAGGCGGACGCGGUGCGCAAUCUGCUCAUGAAGAGUUCGGAGAUAAACAAGUCGCUGCACAAGAGCGAGAGCUUCUUCACCAAGGUCGACGCUGUGGAGAACGAGGGGGUCAAACGAGCCGCGAAGGGCAAAGCGAAGGAUAAGAAGGAAGCAGGCGGCAGGCAGACGACACUCUUUGGCCUCCCAACAGUCGCGCAGCCCGACAAGAAGACGGCACCAAUAAAGAAAAAGAAGACCUCUGCUGAUGACAGUCAGACACAAGACUCACAAGCGACCGUCAUCGAUUCGCAAACCGAAGAGACUCAAGACAGCCAAGCAACAGACGUGGUCAUGGGGGAUGCUCAAACGGAUCCGCAGAUCACCGAAGAGCCCUCGGGCGCUGCAGGCGAAGACGACGACGAGCCAAUAGAAUGGCCGGAGUCGCCUGAGCAGGGGACGACUGCGUUGCCAGAGGUGGAGGUGUCUGCUUAA